CAACGCAGUGCCACGUGAAAAUCAAGGAGCUGAGACAAGGCUACCAGAAGACCAAAGAGGCAAACGGACGCUCCGGAUCCCAUCCCCAGACAUCCCGUUUCUACGAGGCACUGCAUUCCAUCCUCGGUGCGGCCGCCACCACUACCCCACCACUGACCGUGGACUCUGAGGAUGGGAUAUUGUCCACGGCCGGUUCCUCGGACAUGUUAGCGGACGGGGAAGAUGAGGAAGGAGAUGAGGAGGGCGAGGCAGUCGGCAGCGCUCACAACACUGAUUUCCCCGACAGCCAGGAUCUCUUCAUCACCCUUACAGAGAUCCCCUACGAAGCGUCCCCAGCCGUUACCCCGGACACAGAAUCUGGGGAAGGAUCAGCCACCACAUCUGCGACUGUCUCACAACGUAGCCUGGCAUCACACUCCCAGAGGCUAGCGAAGAUUAGGCAUAGGAAGAAGAGGACACGGGAGGACAUGUUCUCUGAACUUAUGGCCUGUUCCCAAGCCCAGGCAGCACAGCAGACCCAGUGGCGGGAGAAAUUGACCCAAAUGCAGCAAGCAAACAUGGAUCGGGAGGAGAGGUGGCGGCAGGAAGACCAGCAGGCGACUCAAACGCUGCUUGGACUACUGAGGGAGCAAACAGACACGCUCCGGCGCCUUGUGGAUGUUCUGCAGGAACGGAGGCAGGAGGACAGAGCCCCGCUGCAGUCCAUCUCUAACCACCCUCCCCCGCCACCAAGUCCCAUACCCACCUCACCCAAAGUGCAAAGAAGGAGAGGCGGCAGAGUCCCUGCUAACUCUCACUCCACCCCUGCAGAGAGCUCUAGUAGCAGAAGGCUCUCAUUCCCCAAAACUUGAAAAGUUCUUUCCUUCCCGCCUGACACAAGCCCCCGUCCAAGUUUCACCUCCCAGUUCCAUGUGUAGUUG